ACCAUUGCCUCCCUCUACUACCAGUUGGCCAGCUAAUAAGACGCGCAUUCCAAGCCACUCUCAACACUUAACAAAUGGUUAUAGUUACUUGCAAUUACAGCCAUAAACAACAUUUUAUUUAUGCCGCCUGCUCCACUUCCUACUGGGUAUGCAAAUGAUGCUAGCGGUGGCCGUCGCACAGCCCCUGCCAGCAGCCCGAGUCGAGUCGAGCUGAGCUUGGGGCCGUAGCUUCCACCCAGUGUUGGCCAGGUCUAUGCGUGAAACGUGAGUUGUUCACUUGUGCGCAGAUUUCAAUCUGUCUCUCUCCCUCUCUUUCUCGAUCUCUUUGCUGGCCACAGUUGUCGUCUUCGGGCUUGUUGCAAAACAUGUUGCGGCAGCGCAUUUGGUUUGUUGGAAUAGGAAGGAAGCUGGCAUAAAACCGUUGUGUCCAUUGCCCAGACUUUCAGUUUCGUUUAAACCACGCGGCUGCGCAAGACUUACUGCAGACUUGAAAACACUUUCGUAAUUGUGUUAUUUCGUUGUUACGGCAGCGAAAAAUCUAGUGAAUCGCUGCGAGUGAAGUUUUAGUGUGAACCCCACAGACCCAUACGAAAUGCGACUGUGCUGGAAUCUGCUGGGAGCUGUACUACUGCUGGGCUCAGUAGCAUCUGGCUUGAGACCGCCCAGAUCCUUCUACCGGCGAAACUACUACAGCUCGGCAGGUCCACCAGGACCCGUGCGCUUGGUGUCUGCGCCCAGUGGACCGCCUAGCUAUCGUGCUGACCUGCACACCAAUGAGAGCAAGCGGCGCGAUGUGGUCAACAAAUAUCCGAAGAAGACACACUAUAGGCCUUACACUUCGGAAGAGGACGACUACUCCAGCGAGCGCUUCUCGGGUGAGUAUUCCAGUGAGACGCAGCAGGACAGUCGCGAGUAUACCAUAGGCACCCAGAUCCGCGUGCAACAUCCCAUCACGGUGCCUAAGAAGGCCCAUCCCAGCUCACCCUACUCCAAGCCUCACAAAUACGUUUCAACCACGCCGUACAAGAGCAACGGACGUCCGGUAUAUGCACCCGAUGGAAAUUCUGGUGAGGAGCAACCAGUGGAGCCGCCACCAAAGCGCACCAAGUGGACGCCGGCGCCAUAUGAAUCGGAGCCAGACCCUUUUCACUUGGUGCCACCGCCGAAGACAACUUCUUCUUCCGGACAUUCUUCGUACAGGGUUUUCGAACCGGAUCAGGAUGACUAUGAUGGACCCCCGCGUUCAAAGAGCCACGACCGAUAUAAAACAGCUGCAUCCAAAAAGCAGAUCGAGGCAUUUCUAGAAGAUCAGCAGAAGUUACUCGACGACGCCAUCAAACUACAGCUGCUCAAUAAUCCCAAGCUACAAAAGUUCCUGAAAUCCAAUACACACGAGCCGCGACCCGACUUGGAUAUCGAAGAUUUCGAAACCUUUCCGCCAAACUUCUCCGGCCCUGGUCCGUUGCACAGCAAUAGCUUCAGUGGUGAGCAUCCACCGUCCAAAGGCAGCCGACCACACCGACGUCCGCCCGGCGUUGUGUUAAAGCGUUCCCCGAAACCGAAGCACAUUGCCACACCGAAAAGGAAGUACAGAUCGACUGCGCUGGUGAUCAAUGUGUAAAGCGGAAUGAAAGUUGUGGCUUAGUAUCU